AACAACUCCCCAUGAGACAUGUGCUGAUAGUGAAAUUUCAUCUACUGGCAACUUUUCCAACUAUCGUGAGUGGAAUGUGAAGCAGACUCAGCACGAAAAAAUUGCCCAGCCGAUAGCUGGGCUGGCAAUGCUUGGGUUGGAUAUCUACUUGUCCAUUCGUUGUUCCGCCAGUGGAGCAAGUAGAUGAACGUCUCCCGUCACUCCCACCUCCUCUCAGUUUCAGCGCGAGUACCUUCGAGUUCUUUAUAUCGCGUGCGCAUCAGUCUCACUGUGCAUUGUUCUUCUCAGACAGACGUCUUCUGCAAUCGCCGGAGUUGUUUCGCAUUACCUUCUUCACCGAGCUUCUUCUGCAAUUUCUGAAAUUCAAUUGCGGAAGUUGUUUGAGCUCGUUGUGCAACAAUUCCUUCAAAACGAACUUCUUACGCAAUUGCGGAAGUUGUUUUGAGCUCUGCAAGAGUUUCUCUGCAUACUCAUACCGAGAAUACAAGUGAUUGUGGGAAGCAACAACGACAGAGAGUUGAAAUGGCCAAGACCAAGCAGUCAGUACUGGCUAAGCAGUGUCAGCGCUGGAGAGAUUCGGGCAACUUGGAGAAGCUGAGAGCAUUUGAAGAAGCGUACAAGAAAUCCAAGAUGGAAGCAAAGCGUAUGGCGAGAAUUCAGAAAGCUAAUGAGAAAAAGAAUACAACACAGACACGAGGAAAAGGGAAAACCACUUCCGGGGUUCCUUUUCAUUGGAAGAAAAGGAUUGUGUCCAAUGAUUCCACGAGUUCCCAAGUUAUUGUUCAUCAGAUAUCCGACCAUACUCAUAAUUCUGGUGAAACAGUUGAGAUGGAGAAAGCAAUCACAUGUGACAAUGCUCUCAAGUCUGUGGAAGCAGCUGAGCUUCAGAUCACGAAGACACUCGAUCAUUCCGGAAGAGAGAGUGAACAUCCUCGAAACAGUCCAAAGGACAUAGCUUCGUCAUCAACCAAAGAAGAGAGGCUGUUCUGGAGCGAUCAGGAUUCAUUGCAGUUGAUCAUGGCGAUCAAAUCAGAGAAAGAGAAUGUUGAGCAGAAACGAGCUUACGAUUCAAAAGUCUCCAAGAUGCUUGACUGGAGGAAGAUUGCAGCUGUGAUCAAUCCGAAGAGAGCAGAUGUUGAUGAUAAGUUUGUCAAGAAAUGCCUUCACAAGUUUGAUGAACUGAAGAGGCACAACAAGAAGAAAUGUCCAGAUGGUUGUGACCUCAUGAAUUACUUGGUGGAUGUAUACACCAAACGCAUGGAAGGAAGUUGAAUUUAACACGAGAGAUUUCGUCGGCUGUACAGUUUGGCAGGGUGGAUGAAUAGCCUCUCACUCUUGACUUUGAACCGGUUAGUAGAUAUGUUGAGUAUGGGGUAGAGAAAUAGCCUCUCACUCUCUGCUUUGAACCGGUUACUAGAUCUGUUUAGUAUGGGGUAGAGGAAUAGACUCUCACUCUCUGCUUUGAACCGUUUACUAGAUAUAUUUAGUAUGUGAUGUGUUUUACCAUUAGUUUAAGUAUCCGGUAUAUUAGAGGAGAUAAACCGAGAUGUAACCGGAUCAUUUUGUACUAUAGAUAA